UGUAGCCGGUUAAUAAGUCAACGCAAUAAACAUAUCGUCUGCACGUCUCGCGUUCGCUGGGAAGUAUGGCAAACACCUCAUAGAUACACAAUAAACACGGAUCUAGACUAUGUCUAUUAUGGAUCUAUUUCAAAAAACGACCCUACCUUAUCUACCGUACCUCAGCAAGAUGGCUGGGGGGGGACUACCCCAGCUGGUUCUGAGCGAGGGGCAGGAAUACACUCAAAGUGUAUUCCUGCCUCUAACUCACAACCGUGGCCGAUUUAGUAUCUCCGAUUAACCUGUAUGCAUGUUUUUCGGAUUGGGGAAACCUAGGUGGACACGGGGAGAACAUGCAAACUCCGCACAGAGCCGAGAUUCGAUAUCACGACCUUCUUACUGUGAGGCGACAGCGCUACCCACUGAGCCACCGUGCCACCGAUUACAAUGCUUGCUUGGUAAACUAUCAAGGAUCAUCAACGAUGACGUGCCCUUAGCCUCAUAGCUCCAGGCUAGCUCCCGUAAUUAGUGCUGUUCGGUUGUUCCCGGUUUAGCAAUGGCGACCUUCUACACCCGCUGUCAAUAGGAGCUCCCAAAUAUAAACAUCACUCGCGUUCAUAGGAUUUUCACAACGACAACGACAACGACUAAAGACUCAACCGGCAAAUUGGAGAAAGGCUAUUCAUUACAUGCCAUGUGUAUUUUUGCAACUACCAAGCAAUCCGCCAGGCCGUCUCCAGAUCUCUCGUGGCACGCUACCGGAAAUGCGCAAGGCAUCGGUCCGUCUGCCUGUAACUGAUGGAAGAUGGAGCCUGUGGAGGGCACACAGAAACGACCUGCUCCUUCACUCUUGUGCACUCGGGGGGGCACAUACUCUGUCCAAACGCCGUAUGGCUACCAGCUGGACCUGGACUUCCUGAAGUAUGUGGAGGAGAUAGAGAGCGGCUGUAAGGGCUGGGCUCCCCGCAGGCCCCAGUGCAGACCCCCCCAGAGGGGUCCCAGAACAAGUCCCAGGUGGGGCAGGGUGGAGCAGGCGCUGAUGGAAGUGAGCCAGAGACUCCAGCUGGCAAGGCUGGCCCGGUCCGACAGCCUGGCAGAACUGGGCGAGCCCGACAUCCCGCAUGUCUCUCCUAGCAACUCCUCAGACCCAGAGUUCUGCCAAUCACAUGCAUCCUCUCCCCUUAGCCCCACAUACAGCCCAGCCUGCAGUGAUGACCCUGCUAGCAGCCAGGACUCAGGGGUGGGGCCAGACCUGGCCGAGCUGGGAAAGGGGGGGCGGCGGGGGGAAGCAGGCAGAUUGGGGCGGGACUGGUGGUCUGUUGCUGUGGGAGAUGACAGGCCCCUGGAGGAGAGCAGGGACUUACGGGAUGUUGCCGUGGCGACGGAGCUUGUGGAGACCUGUGAAAUAGGAGUUGGGACGGAUGAGGCCUCAUCUGUGCCAAAGGGCCAGACGGAGAGGGAGCUGGAUGCCCUGCGGCACACCGUGGAGAUUCAGCGCCAGCGUAUCCAGGACCUGGAGGCCCAACUCAGCCUCGCUCAGCAACAACAGGAAACACGGAGGCCUGAGCAGGAACAGGAAGCGCUGAAGCCUCAGCAGGAACAGGAUAAGUCACAAACAGGGGGAGGGAAGGUGUGUACCAAAGCACUGAUGCACAAGACUCAGGUGGAAACAGAGCCCUGUCCAGGCUGCACCUGGGCAAGUAGUCACUUGGAAUUACCUGAAGACACAGGUGGCUGUAAGGUGCAGGGGUUUCUUGGACAAGGUGCUGGCAGUACCCAGAGCGCCACACUCCAGCAAAAUGACCAGAGCACUCAGACAGACUUCACUGGGAGCCUGAGAGAAAAUGCUUCACUGACAGUGACCAGCAGGGGGAGUCAGUGGGAGAGCCCUGAUGAGGACAAGGACAAAUCCAUCAUCCCUGCAGUGCAAAAUGGGGAGGUCAUGCCAUCCAAACCAGCUGCAGGUAUGCCGAAGUCCAUUAUGAAAAGGCCAGGUGAGGACAGGGCUUCAAGGCUCAGUGCUGGCCACAGAAAGUGCCUGCAGUUUGUGGGGAUACUUAAGGGAGGGUAUGAGUCAACCUCCAGCGAGGAAGAGGAAGAUGAAGAAGAAGGCAGCUUCUCAGGAGCCUCAGACAGCAGUGGAGGAGCGGAGGAGUCUCUGGAAGACUCCUCCUUUCAGGAGAGGAACAUCAACCCAGACAGCGGAAACGAACCAGAGAUUGAAGAGGAAAAAGAGAAGUUCGAGCUGAGUGCUAAAUGGGCUUCACUGUGUCCCAGGUUCGAGCUGAGUGCUAAAAUGCGGGAGGCCUGUCUCAUCCUGAAGAGCCACCUGGAUGAUGACAUCAGCGCUGUGCACGGGGACGUUGUGCUGUCCAGCAGUCACACUGUGGAGCUGGAAUGGUUCCGAGUGUCCAGCUCUAAGACCGCCAGACCUGCCCAUGUGACCAGUUUCCUGGUGGCCUUCUCUCAGCUGUUUCCUGGCUUGGUGGAGUGCGUGGUCAACAUGGCCGACCUCAACGGCAACACCGCUCUGCACUACAGCCUUUCCUAUUCGAACUUUGCAGUGGUCCGUGUCCUACUGGACACCGGUGUGUGCUGUGUCGACCAGUGGAAUAAGGCCGGGUACACACCUGUCAUGCUGGCAGCUGUGGCCACAAUGAGAACAGCAGACAACAUGCAGCUGAUCAGACGGCUCUUCAGCCAGGGCAACGUCAAUGCCAAGGCCAAACAGACAGGCCAGACGGCGCUCAUGCUGGCGGUCGCUCGCAGGCGGAUGGAGAUGGUGUGGGCGCUGCUGGACAGCGGGGCGGAUGUGAACGCUCAGGAUGGGGAGGGAUGCACCGCCCUGAUGAGCGCCUGCCAGCACGGCCACGCCCACACAGUCUCUUUGCUCCUACAGCACCCCCGCUGUGACAUCACCCUGAGGAACAAUGCUGGGGAUACUGCACUCUCCAUUGCUCUGGGGGCCUCGCGCAGUGACAUUGCUGUGCUGCUUUACACUCAUAUGAACAGAAGCAUCCCUCCUCCCACUCCCACAGCCCUGAGUUCCACUUCCAUGAGAUCCACCCCCUCCACAACAGAAUCAGAGACCACCAAGGCUAUCUCUGGAAGACCCCCUUUACCCAAAAAGAUGGGGAUACAGAGGCGGCAUGAAGCUGCAAAGACGGAGAAACUGAAAGGACGUUCCACUCUUCCUGCAAACAGCCAAACUGUUUAAAAAAUAUAUCAAAGCAUUUAUAAUUCCUCCAUAAAACACAUCAGCCAGUGUUGUUUUCUACCAACACUGUACAAGUGGUACAAGACCACUGUGCUAAACCAAUAUUAACAAUAAUACUUUUCUGAUAUUUUAAAUGUGACAUAAUACAGCAUUUUAAGUUAAUUCAUCCCUUAAUGCUACAUUUUCAUCCACUUUUUAUGUACAAAAUGUAGAUCAUAUUUUAGCAGUUGACUGAUGCAGAACAGGCUUCUGAUAGAGAGGAAUGGGGCUUCUGGUCAGGAGUGCUGAAGCACAUUGGUUUGGAACCUCUCAAUCUCUCUAUGCUCUGCCCCACUGCCCACGUUCAAACUGCUCAUCCCGCCACUGGACUGUGCUGUCCAGGACUAUUCCCCCUAUCCCCAGAACCACUGGACUGUGCUGUCCAGGACUAUUCCCCCUAUCCCCAGAACCACUGGACUGUGCUGUCCAGGACUAUUCCCCCUAUCCCCAGAACCACUGGACUGUGCUGUCCAGGACUAUUCCCCCUAUCCCCAGAACCACUGGACUGUGCUGUCCAGGACUAUUCCCCCUAUCCCCAGAACCACUGGACUGUGCUGUCCAGGACUAUUCCCCCUCUCCCCAGAACCACUGGACUGUACUGUCAGACAGCACAACAACAAUUAACCCAUGAGGAUUAAAGGGACAGCACACUAUAUUUCAGUGUGUGCACACAUGCUACUGUACAGCUACAAUGUCUCUAAUUCGGUACCUUUAGAACGCUACCUGUGCAAGAGGAUUUACCUACAAGUGUUUUCUCAUAUCUUCAUGAAACUGUGCAAUACAAGUGGUGGUUGGUGUAUAUCACAGUACAUGAUUGUGCAAAUGAGAUUUUAUGAAUUUGUGGAUAAACAUCACGUAAAUAUCUUUGAUGUUUUCAGUCAUUUUUGUUGCCCUUGAUUCUUUAGUCUUUCUUCUAUUUGUUUAAUCAUUUUUUUGUUUUGUCAUUCUUAAUUCACACACUACUGCCCCCUUGCAAACACAUGCCUUGACAAUGCACCGUUGGAUAUUACACUCUGGUUUUAUGAAAGUAAGAAAAAACAAAUUGACAUUUUCAUUUAACCAAUCAAACAAAUUGAAAUAUAAGGAUAUGUAGAAAACUAUGUUCUGAAUUUAUGCACUAAUGUUUCCAUAUUUAUGGCAAAUCAUGAGCAGCUAGCUGCUCAGGUAAGGACAGUUGCCAUGGCAACAGCCUCCAUGCUUCAUGUGACAUGAGGACAAUAUGGAGCCUGGCAGGGCUGUUCGAGUGGCCAAGACAUCAGCCUCAUACGUAAAUGCUUCUA